CAGCACGGUGUGGCCGUUGACAGGGUUAAUUUGACAACAAAAUAAUAUGUUACAUCAUGAUGUUUGUGAUUGGUUGAAAAGGAAAACGGCCAAAAUGCAUAAAUACGGCCUUUCAGGUGUGAUUCAUCUCAUUCGUAGAAUUUGAAAAUGCCUCCCCAAGCAUCUGGAAAAGCUGUUAAGAAAGCUGGAAAGGCCCAGAAAGCUGUUCGAGCUGGUGACAAGAAAAAGAGGAAGAAGCGAAGGAAGGAAUCUUUUGCUAUUUACAUCUACAAAGUUUUGAAACAGGUUCAUCCUGACACUGGUAUUUCGAGCAAGGCAAUGUCAAUUAUGAAUUCUUUUGUUAAUGACAUCUUUGAGAGAAUUGCAGCAGAAUCUUCUCGUUUAGCUCAUUACAAUAAGAGGAGCACCAUCACUAGCCGAGAAAUUCAAACUGCAGUGCGACUGUUGCUGCCUGGUGAAUUGGCAAAACAUGCUGUUUCAGAAGGUACCAAAGCUGUCACCAAGUACACCAGCUCGAAGUAAAUUUUCAAAGCUUUCAGCAUAAAAAAAAAAAAAAAAAAAA